CAUCACGACUUGGAAGUGGCGAUGUCGUCGUCGAGCAGCACCAGGCUCGCGCGGAAAGGAAAACAGCUGCAGGCGAUUGCAAUUGUCUUCCUCUCUUUAUCGUGGGUCUUUAUUGCGCUUCGAGUGUGGACACGAACGAAACUGCGUCCUAACUUCGGCUGGGAUGAUUGGAUCAUGAUCCUCGCAGGUAUGCUCUUCAGUAUCUACUGCGCCAGCAUUCUCUACAUCGAAGGACAAGGGGGAGGACUCCAUGUAACCGGUCUGCAGCAGUUGAACGAUCUCACAAAGUGGGUCAUUGUCAGUGAGUCCGCAUACGUGCUCACGGUGCUAGCUAUCAAAAUCUCACUGGCUAUCUUCUUCAAGCGGAUCGUGGUCAAACAGCGGCAUGUACGGAUCAUCUACACCACUGUUGCUCUAACGACUGUAUCCUCAACCGCCGCCUUCUUCUACGCCAUAUUCCGAUGCGGACCUGAUAUAAACAAUUACGCAACCAGCCAACUAGAAAACCAGUGUAUGAGCAGGACGGCGGACCGAUUUUGUGCUUAUCAGCAUGCAGCCAUCGGUCUUCUGACGGACUGCGUUUUCGUUAUACUACCCGUCCCACUGCUGUGGAGCCUCAACAUGGAGAGACGCUCCAAGAUAAUGGUGGGGGUUAUUCUGUUCGCAGCGACCUUAGGCUGCAUCUGUUCCGCGAUUCGAUUCCGCUAUGUGGAUGGGCUAACAGAUGUCCAAAAUUUCUUCUGGGCCGCCACGAACGUAUCAAUAUGGUCGACAGUGGAACCCGGAGCUGGGAUCAUGGCUGGUUGCGCAGCCACACUGCGUCCUCUCCUGAGACUUCUCUUCGCCAAAGUACAGUCCAUCCAAUCCUUCUCGAGUAAAUUCAGUGAAUUGCGUUCCUCGAGGCAGAAAGGUAGCGCGGGGAGUCACUACCCUGGCCGGCAAGAGCCUUCCCAUCUAAAGGGGGAUAUCGAGGCGAAUCGCGUCGAAUGCAUCGAUUUGCAGUCCGCUGCAAGCAAAAAGAAUGAAAGUACCGAGUGUAUCUUGUCUGGCGUAUCAGGACCAUCGACCGAAGUACCGGUCAAACUAUACUCGUCGCGUGGGAGCGGUAGUGUGGAGCAAUCGAUGUGA